AAUUAGAAAGUUUUUGUGAAAAAUUAACAAAAAUUAGUAAUUAUGUGGUUGUUAAUGUUAAUUAUCAAUUAACAAUUGCAAACAUUUCACCAAAUAUAAAACAUCCUAUUCAUAUUGAAGAUGUUGCCAAAGCUAUUUAUUGGGUCUAUCAAAAUUCUGAUAAAUUUGGUUAUAAUCAUGAUAGGAUUUAUUUAAUUGGACAAAGUUGUGGGGCUUUUAUUGCUACACAUUUGGCUUUACUAUCUGAAAAAUAUUUUGGCAAUAUAUUCAAUCAACAUCAAGAGGAAAGGAAAGAGGGAAAAGGGGAGGAAUUAAAUAAAUUGAUAAAAUCUAUUGUAGGAGUUGUUUGUAUUGAGGGAAUUUUUGACAUUCCAUUAUUAUUGAAGACUUGGCCUAAAUAUAUUGAAUUUAUUAGAUUACCAUUUGGUGAAGAUGAACUUAUUCAUCAAUCAGCUUCACCCCAACACAUUUUAUCAACAAAUAAUGAUAAUGACAAUAAUAAAUUACUACCACCUCAUUUAAUUAUUCAUUCAUUAGAAGAUGAAUUAGUGGAUUUGAGUCAAUCAAAAAAUUAUUAUAAAAUUUUAAAAGAUAAAAAAACAAUUGUUAAGUUAGAAACAUCAUUAAAAG